AUGAUGUUCAUCAAUAUUGUUCAUGCAGAUUUCUAUACGGUUACGACAACAGAAAAAUUACCAGUAUCUUCGACUGUAGCCAAAUUACGAGAUAUAUUUCAUGAUGAAUCAAUGACACAAAAUAAUAACAUUGAUUUUUCAAUGGCUAAACGAGAUGAAUAUCCCUAUAUGUAUUUUAUUAUAAAUCAUUCUGGACGAGGAAUAUUAACAAUACAAAAGCCAAUUGAUAGAGAUGAACUAUGUCGAACGAGAAAAUGUCGAUGUGAUCAAUGUGAUUUACAAUUAGAAAUUAUACUUAAUCCACAUUUCAAUAUUGAAUUACUUACCAUACGUGUGUUAGAUAUCAACGAUCAUAUUCCACAAUUUUCUUAUGAAAAUUUUAAUUUGAGUAUCGUUGAAAAUGCUAAAAUUGGCUCCGUAUUAAAAUUAGAACCAGCUGUUGAUCGAGAUUAUGGACAAAAUUCAAUUAUAGCUUAUCAUUUAAUACCAUCGUCGGGUCUACCGUUCGUUGUUCAAUAUGAUAUUAAUCGUGGUGAUUUGUCUUUGAUUGUUCAUGAACAACUGGAUCGUGAAAAAGAUUCAUCUUAUACAUUUUUACUUGUGGCUUCUGAUGGUGGUAAUCAGACAGGAUUUGUUCGUAUAUUUGUUACAAUUCAGGAUGUUAAUGAUCAUUCACCAAUAUUUGAUAAAAGUCAUUAUUAUAGUAAUAUUUCUGAAAAUUCACCAAUUGGUACAGUUCUUGUUCAAGUUCAUGCUAAUGAUUUCGAUGAAGGACGUAAUGCCCAGUUAACAUAUCAGUUAUUAUCAUCGAGUCAUGAUGAAACAACAUCUUGUUUUGAUUUGAAUGAAAAUACGGGACAAAUUCGAUUAACUUGUCAACUCGAUUAUGAAUAUCGUCAACAAUAUAGUUUAGAAAUUGAAGCAAAAGAUGAUGGAGAAGGAUCAAAAACCGGUUAUUGUACGGUUCAUGUAAAUGUUGUUAAUGUUAAUGAUAAUCGACCUCUAUUUCAAUUGUAUCCUAGUCAAUUAGAAUCUAUACCAUAUUCAUCUAGUCAUGAAAAAACAAAUGUUUAUACACAAAUCGAUCAAGAACAUAUUAUUUUAUAUUUAAGUGAAUCAUUUCAACCGAAUACCGUUUUAUUUUCAUUUAUAAUCACUGAUAAUGAUUUUGGCGAUAGUGGACAAGUAACAUGGAAAUUGGUAAAUAAUAACAGUAAUCAGCAAUUGCCAUUUGAUAUAUCUCGUGCGGCAGAUAAUGCUGGUGAUUUACGUUUAAUUCAAUCGCUUGAUCGUGAAUCAAUUGAACAGUAUAAAUUUGGUAUUAUGGCAUCGGACAAUGGAAAUCCUCGUCUAACAACAGUACUCGAUAUCCACGUAAUUGUUACAGAUGUUAAUGAUGUAUCACCAAAAUUUCUUCAACAAAACAUGACGGCAACAGUAAAUGAACAUGUGAGUAUAAGUGAUACGAAUGGUUACGAAGUCUAUCAUGUUCAAGCAUAUGAUUCCGACAAAGGAUUAAAUGGAAAAAUUGAAUAUCAAAUUAUUACUACCGAUAAUGAUAUUAAACAUUCAUUUACAAUCGAUCAACAGACAGGAAUUAUUCGAGCAAUAAAGUCAUUUGAUAGAGAAAUAAGAGAUAAAUAUGCAAUGGAAGUGGAAGCAAGAGAUAAAGGAAAUUUAUCACGGGCAUCGCGUACAAACAUUGUCUUCUUUAUUACUGAUCAAAACGAUCAUGCACCAAUGUGUUACGAUCUAUCUGAUAAUCAAACGAUCGAUCAAUCAAAAAUCAAAUGGUUAGUAAAAGAAAGUAGUGCGUAUGGAACAAUUAUUGGACGUAUUCAAUGUCAUGAUGUGGAUAUUGGUCAAAAUGGUUUACUUGGUUAUAAUAUUCAUUAUAAUGACAGUGAAACGAUGACAAUGAUUCCAUUUAGUAUUAAUUCUCAAAAUAUUACUAAAACAAUAUCUCAAUCCAACCAGAUGUUACUAAUAAUUUUCACUGUGAACGGUAUAAUGGAUCGAGAAUUAAAAUCGACAUACGAUAUUUUCAUCCAAGUAUUUGAUAAUGGAAAUCCGAGACAUCUAACAUUUAUUCCAAUUAUAGUGGCAAUUGUAGACGUGGACGAUAAAUGUGCUAAACUUGAUUCAUUAUCAAAAACUUUAGUAAUGAUCAAUCGAGAUCUCAUACCAAUAUUUAAUCGUCAAUUGUAUGAAAAAUAUAUCCGAGUGAAUGAAAAUAUUACAUUCGAUUUAAUAAAUAUAAAUCCAAUUAAAAAUUCUUACUAUGUUAAAUUAUACUCGAACGGUUCACUUGUUAUUCAUUCAUCGUCGAUUGACGAUGGUUAUUUAAGUUUAAAUAUUCAAAUUAAAAAUUUUGAUGGAAUAACAUCGUGUAUUGUAUUAGAAACUAUUGUAUUUUAUAUUGGUUCAAAUGAUACUGAUUGGACAUCAUCUAAAUUAACACAAGAUAUUUUGUUACGUACAAAUGAAACACACGGAAAACGAAACAGUAAUUCACGUUCAGCUAAUUAUAAUACGUUAUCAACUACCGAACAAACAUUUUUUAAACAAUUUAAAAACUCAACACCAACAAAAAGUCAAUAUAUAAUUAUAAUAGUUAUUAGUUUAUCUAUAUUCAUAUUUGUACUCGUUUUUGCUACAAUAUUUUGUAUGAUUGAUCGAAUUUUUAAAAAAAAAAAAUGUAAAUCAAAUUCGUCACAGAAUGGACACAUAUUGAAAACACACAUAACUGCCAAUGGAAUAAAUAAACAACAACAAGAAAAAAAUGGUAAACGAAUUUGUAGUCCAAAUAAAACUUAUGAUAUAGACAAGAUAAAAUCUCCAUCAAAAAAACGUUUAACUAACGAUGUUAGAAGUAAUAGUUCUCCACCAUCUCCAGCAAAUUAUAUUCGUUUAAAUGCAACUCGUACAACACCUCGUUUAAAUCAUUCAUCACGGUCAAAUUCAAUUAUGUCAAAUGUUGAUUUAACAGCAAUCUACACACGCGGUUAUUCUUAUACACCAAUUGAAAUAGAUGACUUUUAUCCACCAGAUUUUAAUGACAACAAAGGAAUCGAAUUAAGAAUGACAACUGUCUAA